AUGGCUCAAGACCCCUAUCCCGGUGCAGCACAGGCUGCCAACAUCAACCCCAAGGAUGUCGCUCCCAGCAGUCUAAACAAGCGCCAGCAGGAGGCCGUGGCCAACGUCGUGGCUCACGACGCUGCCAAGGGUGCCACCGUCUACAGCUUUGACCCCAAGGCAUCGCCUGAGGAGAAGACCGAGGUCGCGGGUUCGAAGAGAGGCGGCCUGAAGGGCGUCUUCGGUGCUCCCAAGGCCCUCGGCCGAGGAGUUGUCAGUGUCGGCCAGGGUGUUGGCAAAGGCGUAGGCGCGGUCGGCAAGGGUGCUGUCCAGGGCGUCGGCGCUGUGGGCGGCGCUGCCAUUCAUGGCGUCGGCGCUGUGGGCAAGGGUGCGACCGGCGUCGUGACCGGUGUCGGUGGUGCUGCCAUCGGCGGUGUCGGUGCUCUCGGCGGCCAGGCCAAGAACGUCCUCGGCUCGAUGCCGGGUAUGGGCGCACUCAAGGAUGAUCCCAAGAACAGUGCUCGUGCCGUCGCCAUUGACACGUCGACCGCUGGCUCCGCCCCGAAGCCUACCGUUUCCCUCGCGGACGCCAAGAAGGCAUCGGCCCCCACUGAGGACGACAUUCCUGGUACCAUCCCCAAGACUGUCCUGCCCGGCAUCCCGGAAUGGAUGGGGAUCGGUUGGAAGGAAGUCGCUGGCAUCGCGGGGCAGGGCAGGCCCGACGCUCAGACUGCCCAAGAACUGAGCAUUCUUAGCGGCUUCCUCAAGGAGCAGUAUUAUGGCUCGUGGUAUCACAAUGCCGGCGUCAUCUUUUUCGCUGUCCUAGCGACCCGCUUCGUGACGUGGCUCCGCUUCGGCUGGGGCUCGCUGUUUAUCAUUCUGGCUACUUGCGCCACCUAUUACUCUCUUUCGAUUAAGCGUACCCGUCAGCGCGCUCGCGACGACAUUCAGCGCGAGCUGAGCAAAACCCGCUUGAUGACCGAGAACGAGUCUGCCGGCUGGCUGAACAGCUUCCUCGAGCGCUUCUGGCUGAUCUACGAGCCCGUUCUUUCCAAAACCAUUGUCGAUGGCGUUGCCCCCGCCCUAGAGGCCAACUGCCCGAGCUUCCUCGACUCGCUCAAGCUCACCACCUUCACUCUCGGCAACAAGGCGCCCCGCAUCGACUACGUCCGUACAUUCCCCAGGACUCCCGACGACAUUGUUGUCAUGGACUGGGCCCUCUCAUUCACUCCCACCGACGAUUCGGACAUCCCUCCCAAUCAGGCCGAGCACCGCACUAAGCCAAGGAUCGUUCUCGAGAUCCGUGUCGGCAAGGGCAUGGUUUCGACGGGCAUGCCCGUCCUCCUCGAGAACAUCUGCUUCUCGGGCCGCAUGCGUAUCAAGAUGACGCUCAUUAACAACUUCCCGCACAUUCAGAAGGUCGAGAUUAGCUUCCUCGAGCAGCCCACGUUCGACUAUGUUCUCAAGCCCAUUGGAGGUGACACCCUUGGGUUCGACAUCAACAGCAUUCCUGGACUUGCCCCAUUCAUCCGCGAUCAGGUUCACUCGAACCUUGGCCCCAUGAUGUACGACCCUAAUGUCUUUACGCUCGACCUCGAGCAGAUGAUGGCUGGCUCGCCUCUCGACGCCGCCAACGGUGUUCUUAAGGUCCAGAUCAUCGAUGCCAAGGACCUCAAGGGCGCCAAGUUUGGUGGCGGUGACCCGGACCCGUAUGUCUCGCUCUCUGUCGGCGCCAGCGAGGCAGUGGCCCGCACCAGAACCAUCGAGUCGUCCACGUCUCCCACCUGGAACGAAACUCAGUUCGUCCUCAUCAAGUCGCUCAACGACAUGCUCAGCCUUAACGUCAUGGACUACAACGAAAUGCGCUCCGAUGCUCUUCUCGGAACGGUCAACCACGAACUUCUCACGCUCGCCGAGGACGCCGAGCAGGAGGGCAUCGUUGGCCGCAUCUUGGACGCGGGCAAGGACCGUGGGGAGAUGCGCUACAACCUCUCCUACUACCCAGCUAUUCUCCCGGAGAAGAACCCCGACGGCACGUUCCAGCCUCUUCCCGAUGUUCCCUCCGGAAUUGCACGUCUCGAGAUUCUUCAAGCUAAGGACUUCGGCCUCGGCAACGACAUCAGCGCCAAGGCUCUCAUCUACCUCGGCAAGGGCAAGGUUCCCAUCCACGAGACCAAGGUUGUCAAGAAGAACGCCUCGCCUGGCUGGAACGACCACGUAGAGUUUAUCUGCGCCGACAAGAACGCUUCUGUCAUCACCGCUCGCGUCAUCGACACCAAGUCUGAGCGUGAGAUCGGUCGCGUCGCUGUUCGCCUCGCCGACAUUCUGGAAGGCAAGGCGAAGGGCAACGACUGGUUCCCCCUGUCCGGCUCCAAGGGUGCCAAGAUCCGUCUCACCGCGGCCUUCAAGCCUGUCAACCUCCCAGGAUCUAUUGACGGCGCCAGCACCUACGUUCCUCCUAUCGGCGUCCUCCGUAUCCACCUCAAGAACGCUGUUGACGUUAAGAACGUUGAGGCGAUGGGCAAGUCGGACCCGUACGCCAAGGUCAUGGUCGGCUCCAAGACGUUUGCCCGCACGGAGGUCUGCGACGAUACCCUUAACCCCACCUGGGACCAGAUCGUUUACGUUCCAGUCCACAGCCUCAAGGAAAGGGUCACAAUCGAACUCAUGGACUACCAGAACAUCGGCAAGGACCGCAGCCUCGGAAGCGUUACUCUCAAUGUCUCGGAGACGGCCAUUGAGAACCCAAGCAACACGGCUUAUCCCUACCAGUCCACCGGUCGUCGCUCCCUUUCAGAGCGCAUCUUCCUCGGCAAGAACAAUCAGUACAAGGGCACUCUCAACUUUGACGUUGACUUUAACCCAGCCAUGUCGCUGCGCGGUGGUGUCUCGUUUGACGCCAAGGCGAACGACGUCCAGGAGGCUGCUCAGGCUGCUGUCAGCGCCAACGGUAGCUCGCCUAACGGCACAACCGGGGAGGCUGGCGCGAUGGAGACUCUUAGCGACACUCCUUCCGAUGCUAAGGCGGCUCCCAAGGACAAGGAUGGCAACCCCAUCAAGGAGGAGGAGACUGCGGCUGCCGACCCCGAAAAGGGCGUUGUCAUGACCCCCGAGCAGCUGGUCCAGUCGCAGUCCGGCGUUCUGGUGUUCCAGGUCAUCGAGGGCACGCUCGCGCGCAAGGGUGCUCUCGAGAUCCUCUUCGACGACGGCUACUGGCCUGCUUACACGUCGGAGCGCGCUCGCAGUGCUCACCAGCGCUGGGACCAGGUCGGCGAGGGCUUCGUACGGGAGCUUGACUUCGGUCGCACCUGGCUUCGUAUCAACGCUAACGACGAUGACGAGAAGGAGGACAUUGUCGCUGAGGUCCAAAUGGAAACCCGCGAGUUCCUCGAGCAGGCCCUGAACAAGGAGGCGACAUUCAUUCUCUCGGACCCCAAGGGCAACGGUGGCCGCAGCUCUGUCAAAAUGAGCGCUCGCUACGUCCCCGUCGACAUCCAGCUCACUCCCCGCGAGAGCAUGAACGACCAGGGCAUGCUCUCAGUGACCCUCGUCGGCGGCAAGGGCCUCAAAGGCGUGGACCGCGGUGGCAAGUCGGACCCGAAUGUCACCUUCCUCUUGAACGAUGUCAAAGUCUUCAAGUCGGAGACGAAAAAGAAGACCCGUGACCCUCAGUGGAACGAGCAGUUUGAGACGGUUGUGCCAUCACGUGUUCGGUCGCGGUUCAUCGCGCAGGUCAAUGAUUGGGACCGUGUCGGGAGUGCCACACCAAUGGGUGACGCUGUGAUCGACCUUGCCGCCAUGGAGCCCUUCCAGCCUUCCAACAUUGACGUUCCGGUUAUGCACAACGGCGAGAGCCAUGGCACCCUUCAGCUCCAGAUGGUCUUCCGCCCCAUGAUUAUCGCGCGUCACAGGACCAACACCAACGCCUUCGGUAGCGCCGGUAGAGCCAUCACCAGCAUUGGUGGUGCGGCUCUUGGCGCACCCGUGGCCGUCGGCAAGGGCGUUGUAGGGGGCGUGGGCCGGGGUGUUGGCACUGUCGUCGGUGCGCCCGGCCGCCUCUUCGGCAGGAACAAGAACCGCUCCGCGUCCGUCACUCAGAACCAGCCACAGGAGAUCUUGCGCGAGGUGGAUGAGAACCCGUCCGUGAGCGGUUCGCAUCUUGCUGUCCCGGGCUACGAGCUUGGCCAGGGCCAGUCUCCCCAGGCCAGCGCAGGUCAGGUCUCGGCUCCAGCGGGUACCAGCGGUGGUUCGCUGCCUGUCGGCCAGGAGGCUACCACCCUUCCUCCCGGUGCCGCCGAGGCCCCGCAGGAACCUGGCACUCUCACCGUCUCCGUUCUCAGCGUCAAGGAUGUGCAGCCGCAGGGUUCGCACUCAGCAUCGGCGCUGAAGCCUUACGUUGCAGUCCGUGUUGGACACAAGUCCCAAAAAACCGACCAUAUCAAGGGUACAGAGGGCGACUUUAAUGAGACCUUCGGCUUCAACCUUGCGCCUGGCACGACUCAGCUGUCCCUCAGCGUUUACGACAAGCACACCCUCGGCAAGGACACCGAGCUGGGCGAGGCGGUCGUUGACAUCUGGCGGCACCUCCAGCCCGCCAUCCCGACUGCUGACGUCUUCGUCGAGCUCACCCAGGGCUCGGGCCAAGUCAAGCUCCGCCUUGACUGGCAGGCCGGUACUCUUCAGCGAGGCAUGUCGCGUAUUCGUAGCCGCACCCCUAGUGUAAGCUCCAGGCAAGGCAUCGUGCCCGAGACUCCGCGCUCGAGCAAGUUUGCGUUGACCCCCACCAAGAGCAUUGCCAACGGUCAGAGUGCCCAGUAA